AUGCUCACCUUUGAGUCAGCCUCUUCCCUCGGAGCCAACAGCAUCGUCGAGAAGCUUGCCGGUCUUCCCUUUCAGAAAGUCAAGCACCAGGUUUCGACCCUCGAUGCGCAGCCCUCCAGCAACGAUGGAGGCAUCAUUAUUCUUGUCACUGGACAGCUCCUGGUCGAUGAGGAGCAGCGCCCCAUGAACUACACCCAGUCCUUCCAGCUUAGCCGCGACGCCGCUAGCGGUCAAUAUUACGUCUAUAACGACAUCUUCAAGCUGGUUUACGGUUAA